CACUGGAGCACUUGGAGCAUUUGGUCCCUGCGGCGCUGGAUGCCAUGAGUUGCUAAAAGUGAGCCUGGCUUUUCAGCUGACUUUGGGGCACAGUGUUGGGGGCACAGAGCCAUGUCUGACCUGCUCCUCCUAGGCCUGAUUGGGGGCCUGACUCUGCUGCUGCUGCUGACACUGCUGGCCUUUGCUGGGUACUCAGGGCUGCUGUCUGGGGUGGUGGUGAGUGCUGGCUCACCCCCCAUCCACAAUGUCACUGUGGCCUACAAGUUCCACGUGGGGCCCUACAGCGAGACUGGGCGGCUUUUCACCGAGAGCUGCAGCAUCUCCCCCAAGCUCCGCUCCAUCGCUGUCUACUACGACAACCCCCACAUGGUACCCCCUGAGAAGUGCCGCUGUGCGGUGGGCAGCAUUCUGAGUGAAGGUGAGGAGUCACCCUCCUCUGAGCUCAUUCAGCUCUACCAGAAAUUUGGCUUCAAGGUGUUCUCCUUCCCUGCACCCAGCCAUGUGGUGACAGCCACUUUCCCCUAUACCUCCACCCUGUCCAUCUGGCUGGCUACUCGCCGUGUCCAUCCUGCCCUGGAUGCCUACAUCAAGGGGCGGAAGCUGUGUGCCCACCCUCGGCUAGAGAUCUACCAGCAAGACCAGAUCUAUUUCGUGUGCCCGCUUGCACGGCAGGGAGACUUCUAUGUGCCUGAGGUGAAGGAGACAGAGCGGAAAAACCGAGGGCCCGCAGAGGCCAGUGACACCCAGAUGGAUGGCACAGGAGCUGAUACGAUGAGUGACACGAGUUCUGUAAGCCUGGAGGUUGGUCCUGGCAGCCGGGAGACUUCAGCUGCCACACUGUCCCCUGGGGUGAGCAGCCGUGGCUGGGAUGAUGGUGACACCCGCAGUGAGCACAGCUAUAGUGAGUCGGGUACCAGUGGCUCAUCCUUUGAGGAGCUGGACCUGGAAGGCGAGGGACCCCUGGGAGAGCCAAGGCUGAACCCUGAGGCUGAACCCCUAGGGGCUGCCAAAUGGCCCCGGGAACCUAGUACCCCCGAGAAGGGUGAGGAGUAACCGUGGGCUUGCACCCUCCUGGGGUGCAGUUGCCAAGGAACUGAGCAGACUCUCCAGCCCUCUUCCUCCUUCAACUCUCAGGCCCAGGCUGGGGCCUGGGGCCUCAGGGGGACCUGACUUCCACUGCCCUGGACUCUAGUUAAGCCUUCUUACCACACUUUUGGCUCCCGGGGCCAAAGGAGCUAGGGACUGUAUUCUUCACCCAGACUCCAGGGCUACUGCCCCUCUGACAUCUUUUUUCAGAUUCACAUUGGAGCUUCCAGGACCAAAAUAAAGCAAAUGAUUUUCUUAUUUUACCUGGA